UCACUCACGUCCGGUUGAGGUUUUUCUGAACGCACUGGCGGGAGAUAGAAUACCUCUUCCGCGUUUUGUAAAAUAUUAACAUUUACAGCUUUCUGGAGCAUACAGUACACAUUUACAGAUUGUUAACUAAGUUUUGAACUUUUUAGGGGUGAAGCACCAGAGAACUAGCUUGCGGAAGCAGAAUGGGUGACUACAGCCGAGACUCCCUUUAAUAAACACUGACAGGACCCUGUAUCCUCUGGCCAAGGCUGUCGUCGACUCGACGAGAGGGGGACUGAGCGAGAUCGCCAGGGAGACCGCACGCGGACAGUAGCUCGCGCAGCGUUCUCGACGUUCCGUCGGUCGUGAGCUGCCAGGAACCCUCCCUCCAUCCAUCCAUCCAUUCCAUCCAUCCUCGAGACGCGUGCUCGCGGUGCCCUCGCAGCAGCCACCAUGGCGAAGGUUCAGGUGCUCAACGUGGCCGUCCUGGACAAUCCGAGUCCCUUCGGAAACCCGUUUCAGUUUGAGAUCACCUUCGAGUGCAUGGAGGACCUCCCAGAAGAUUUGGAGUGGAAGAUCAUCUAUGUGGGGUCCGCAGAGAGCGAAGAAUAUGAUCAGAUCCUGGACUCAGUUCUGGUGGGCCCGGUUCCUGCUGGGAGACACAUGUUUGUAUUUCAGGCGGAUGCGCCAAACACAGGUCUGAUCCCAGAAAGUGAUGCUGUGGGCGUCACUGUUGUGCUGAUCACAUGCACUUACCGUGGGCAGGAGUUCAUCCGCAUUGGGUACUAUGUCAAUAAUGAGUACACAGACCCGGAGCUACGUGAAAACCCACCUCUUAAACCUGACUAUUCGCAGCUCCAGAGGAACAUCUUAGCAUCAAACCCACGUGUGACACGUUUCCAUAUCAACUGGGAGGGCUGUGCUGAGAGGAUGGAAGACUCUGAGAAUGUAGACCCUGCCCCCAAUGCCAUGCUGCCCCCAUCCUGCCCUGCUGGAAAGGCCCCAUCACUUGGUUUAAUGCCUGACAACUCCAUGGACUGCUUAUAAGUGAAGAUCUUGAGCACUUUCCAUCUGUAAACAUACACAUACUCUUUCAAGAAAGCAUACAUUAUCUACACACACAACUACCUGAUGAAUCCAGGCACUUGAAGGUUAAGAAAUGGUAGUGCUCAGACUUUCAAUGAGAAAUACACAUGCACUUGCAUACAUGUUCAAUGCACUUGAAGUGCUCUAACUGAAGGUUCAGUGGAAGGUGUCCCUCUGUCUCAUGUCAGUAGGGACAUGUGACCUGACCCACACAUCUUUUGGGUAUUAUCUUCCAUCUUCCUAGGAGGACAUCUCUCAGGGCUUUACUGACUGGGAGGUUAAUCCCUUGGCUUGAAACUGAAGUAUUUUUUUUCUCAGUACACUAGCUGUAUUUUUCUUCCUU